AAGUCUCUAACCUGGAGACUUCACCCUGACACAGGGGGCUUCAUUGCACAGACACACAGUGUAUGACACAGUCUUAUGCAGGUGGUUGUAAGAGGAAUCAGCGCCACUGCCGCUCAGUUUCUUUCCCCCUUCAGAAAUAUGCGUCUUGGAUUUAGGAGCAAGAGAUCCCUGCAUUGGCAAAAGCUGUGUGUGUGUGUCUAAUCAAGGCAAAGUAGAAUGUGGCCUUGGGUAAACCCAGCUCUGUCCAGUGUGUAUCCGUGCCCUGCCUCUCCAGGAUGCUGAGUCGGGACUGGGAGUGAGCUGGAUGCCUAUGGACAGCAGAGCUGGUCGCUGGUCCCGGCUGCAUCCCACUUCACCCCAGUCUGGUACCGGUUGUGUCCUCGCUGGCAUUUGCCAUAAAAGGUGGUGGUGCAAAGAGUCCCACCUGGCCCAGCCACUCUCUCUCUCUCUCUCUCUCUCUCUCUCUCUCUCUCUCGCUCUCUCUCUCUCUCUCUCUCUCUCUCUCUCGCUCUCUCUCUCGCUCUCUCGCUCUCUCUCUCUCUCUCUCUCUCUAUGCUACCCCUCAUCCCCUGAUGGGCACCUCAUCACACCGUGCCACAAGUCCACCGUCUCUGCUAACAACCACACCACGCCCCUAACCACCGGCCAUCACCAUGGAGAUGACGCAGUCAGUGGUGAUGGACAGAGAGAACGAAGGGGGAGAGAAAGAGAAAGGGGAGGAGUCAUCGCAGGAGAACGGCAGACUCAUGCUGGCUGACGGAGGGGUGGCAGAGAAGGGGGACCCCAAAGUGAACUCUGGUGGGGGGUCAGGAGGGGUGUCCAACGGGUACCCCACGUCCACAGCGCAGAGCCCAAAGGAGGGAGCAGGAGGUGUACCCACAGGGGCCCCCAGGACUCUAGUGGUCCAGCAGACCAGUCUGGACCGGCCCCGGGAGACCUGGAGCAAGAAGAUGGACUUUCUGUUGUCUGUGAUUGGCUACGCCGUGGACCUGGGAAAUGUGUGGCGCUUCCCCUACAUCUGCUAUCAAAACGGCGGAGGUGCCUUCCUGCUGCCCUACAUGUUGAUGGCAGUAUUCGGCGGCGUGCCUCUGUUCUACAUGGAGCUGGCACUGGGGCAGUUCCACCGCAGCGGCUGCAUCUCCAUCUGGAAACACAUCUGCCCCAUCUUCAAGGGUGUGGGCUUCGCCAUCUGCAUCAUAGCGCUGUACAUUGCGUUCUACUACAACACCAUCAUGGCGUGGGCCCUGUACUACCUGCUGGCGUCGUUCCGGCCCACCCUGCCCUGGACCACGUGCUCCAACCCCUGGAACACGGUCAACUGUCUCCGCUACCUGUCCACAGACAGCAACGUCACCUGGACCAACACGUCCACCUCGCCCGCCGAGGAGUUCUAUACGCGUCAGGUACUGCAGGUACACCUGUCUCCAGGUCUGCACCAGCUAGGCAGUGUGAGUUGGCAGCUGGCUCUCUGCCUCCUGUUCAUCUUCACCAUCGUCUACUUCAGCAUCUGGAAGGGAGUCAAGACCUCUGGCAAGGUGGUGUGGGUGACAGCCACCUUCCCCUACCUUGUCUUGCUGGUGCUACUCGUUCGUGGGGCCACUCUGCCCGGGGCCUGGAGGGGCGUGGUCUUCUACCUCAAACCUGACUGGGGGAAACUACUCAGCACCACAGUAUGGAUUGAUGCUGCAGCUCAGAUCUUCUUCUCUCUGGGGCCAGGUUUUGGGGUGCUCCUGGCCUUUGCCAGCUACAACCCCUUUCACAACAACUGCUACAAGGAUGCGUUGGUGACCAGCUCUGUGAACUGCCUGACCAGUUUCCUCUCUGGGUUUGUCAUCUUUACUGUGCUCGGCUACAUGGCUGAGAUGCGCAAAAUAGGCGUGGAGACCGUAGCCAAGGAUGCUGGUCCCAGUCUGCUGUUCAUCAUCUAUGCUGAAGCCAUCGCCAACAUGCCCGCUGCCACCUUCUUCGCCAUCAUCUUCUUCCUCAUGAUCAUCAUGCUGGGGCUGGACAGCACGUUUGCCGGUCUGGAGGGGGUGAUCACAGCCAUGCUGGAUGAGUUCCCCCAAUUGUUGUCUAGGAGGAGGGAGUUGUUUGUCCUGGGUCUGGUGUGUGUCUGCUACCUGGGAGCGCUCUCCACCCUCACCUAUGGAGGUGCGUUUGUGGUGAAACUGUUUGAGGAGUACGCCACAGGACCUGCUGUCAUCACUGUGGUCUUCCUAGAAGUCAUCGCUGUUUCCUGGUUCUACGGCACCAGUCGUUUCUGCGCUGAUGUCAAUAUGAUGCUGGGCUUCUCCCCUGGACUAUUCUGGAGGGUGUGCUGGGUAGCCAUCUGUCCCAUCUUCCUACUGUUCAUCAUUGUCAGUUUCCUGGCGUUCCCCCCGGAGGUCAAGUUGUUUGACUACAUCUACCCACCCUGGACCACAGUUCUGGGCUACUGCAUCGGGGUGUCCUCCUUCAUCUGUGUACCAGCCUACAUGGUGUACCACCUGCUCACUGCCAAAGGGACCUUUAAACAGCGUCUCCUGAAUGGCAUCACCCCUGUACCCAGUGGGCCUCACAGUGACAUUAUCAUCACCCACGCCGUCUGACCCAGUGGUCUGACCAGGCCGGGUGGACUACACCACCCUCUGCUGGACAUAGAGCACAACUGCAGGUUGGGGAGGGUUCACCCCCCCCCCCUACUUCUCCUCCAGAACCCCCACAGCAGACUACCGAAGCACAGAGGCACCCUAUUCACCCCACUUACCCCAGGGCUGAGGUGGGGGCGCUGGGCCACACUGUCUGCAGCAGCCCACACACCUCCUCCGUUGUCUCCCUCCUGGCUCAUUCUGUUAGCGGCUAAUGUCGUCACUGGUUUCAUACUGGGCCACGCUGGUCAGAGCAUUUCAACCACCAGACAGAGGGGUUUUAGAUGCCACAGCACAAUGGCAUGUGUACUGUUAUUGAAGUGUAAUGUUGCCUUUCAAGUCUAUACCUGUCCAUUACAAUUGGAAUCCAUCCACACAGUAUGAGGCAUAAACAUACACGCUUCCUUGUCUCUGCUCUGUCAGGUCCACGAAACAAUGUUUAUAUCACUAGCAAACAUCUCAUCUCACGGCUUCGUUCGACCCGUUGUAUCCUUGUUUCAUGAGUUCUGCGUUCAGAUAUUUAGCUGGGCCUUGAUUGCAAAAUGCAGGUAUCUUUUUUAAGUUUCUCUAUGAAACCAAAUAUUCCAUGGCUAUUUCUACAGGUAUUUCCAGAUGUGAGCUGUUGUCCUGCUUUAGGAUGACUUGGUGGGAGCUUGUCAGUGUUUCUGAACGGGAUGACUGAACCUAUGAAGGGCCUUGAUGAUGAGUGUCAGAGCGUCUCCACACGGUGAAGCGCUGUAUGUUGGUGUUGUAUGACACACUGCAGUACUGAUUAUGCUCUGUAAGCGUAUCCAUGUUGUUGGGGGACAUAGAGACCAGUUCAGAAGAGAAAACAGGGCUUUGUCCAGUUAUGUGGGGGGAUUCUUCAGCUGCAGUAUGGAAGGCUCCGGUGCGCGUGUGCACAGGCGGCUCUAGACAGAAAUGGAAGGAAGGUGGGGAGAAGCUACCCUGUGCAGAUCAGAAGGAGUGGGUUAUAUUAUCCCAAUGUAAGAUGUAUAUUUAUUUGAAAUAAUCAUUAUUGCUGUCAAAUCUAUACGUUCAUGUGUUUAUCUCAUUGACUAUAAACGGACAUGCUGAUUUUAGUUUGAUUUAGUUUCUUAAUAUGUAAAACACCAUUUGCACGCUAACUGCCGACAUCGGGAACCCAGUAUUGAACACAACUAUGUUGAUCUCCUUCAUCUCCGUCUCUCAGUCUUCAAGGAUGUGUCUAAAAACAGGUAUCGGUCUUUCCUUUCGACCAAAUAGUCUGUUGUGUGUUGGAAUGGGAGUCGUAGUAUGACGUGUGUAUUAAGUGAGUCUUGGUGUCGGUGUGUGUCUCUUUGUUCUGUGAAUACUUGUCUACUCUCUUGAAUGGAUUAUGUUUGUGUGUGCAGCAGACCAGGGUGCAAAUACUAUAGGGAAUAUUUCAAGUACUUUAUGUUUCUUUGGCCUGCCUAGUGCCAGAUGGGCGGGGUUUGUUUUAGCCUGCCUCGUGCCAGAUGGGCGGGGUUUGUUUUAGCCUGCCUCGUGCCAGAUGGGCGGGGUUUGCAGGAUUGCGACUGUUCUAUUGGUUUCGUUGAACCAGGCAAGUUCAAUCAAAUCUGAAGUAUUUGAAACGAUUUCAAAUAGUAUUUUAACUGGGGAUUGGUGUAUGUGUGUCUAAGCGUGCAUACCUUGCGAGCGUGCAUACAUGAGUGUGCCUGUAUACACGUGUGUGUGUGUGUGUGUGUCAGCGUGCAUGUGUGUGUACAUUAUGAACUGAAGUAGCAGUGUCAGACUCUGUCAACUUUGUCAGUGUGUGUAACCUGUGUGUGCAUGCCAGUGUGUGUAACCUGUGUGUUCAGGCCAGUGUGUGUAACCUGUGCUUCAGCUUGCGUCCGUGACCUUGUCUUGUUCCUCUCCAAAAUAUCCAAUGAAGAUGAUAAAGCCACUCCCUCGUACCUCUCCAGCCUAUAUAAUGUAUGAUCUAUGUAUGUCUGUUAAAGAAUGUAUUGAGAAAUAAACCUGUAUAGAAGAAAGAUAUACAUAUUAUAUGAAUUCAUUAAUAAACAAAGUUAAGAUGUAAAUGAGUAGCUGUGCCU